UGUAAGCAUAAAAGUUUAGAAGGAGGUUAGCUAGAGAAGAAUUAUGAUUUUGAGAAUAUCUGAACGUUAUGGAUGAUGUUAUUUAGGAGAGUUAGUCAGAUUUCAUUCAGGCAACACUUCUGUUGUAACACUAAACCUUCUGGUGAAAGUUUGCAUUCAAAUUCAAUCAUAUAUUUAUUCUCUUUUUACAAUCCAAGUGAGCUUCAUCACUUAUUUCUAAAGGGAGAUGCCAAAUCUAAGGCUUAGGGCUAAAAUUUGAAAAAAUUAGAAAUUUAGUCAACUUUUGGUUAUUCCUAAAUUCUAAUAAUAAAACUUCGACAGGUUUUGCUGAUUAAAUUAUUACUCUUUUAUAAAUUUACCUGUUUGGCAAGUUCUGCAUAAUUUGUAGUUAAAUAAGAAAAUAUUUUUAAUAUUUCAUUAAAAAUUAGGUUUGAAUAUUUUGGUGAAAAAGAUGCUGGGCACUCUUGCCGAUUUGCUAGAUUUUCCCAAUUGGAAUUAAUAAGGAAAUUGAGAAUAAAAAUAAAAAUUUAAUUUUAAUAAAUCUUUGGCAUCUUCAUAUCUUUUUAGGAAAAAAAGAUCCUUGGAUGAUGGUUCCACAAUACUCUCUUGACAGUUUUUGACUCUGCGAUUAUCAGAAUGAUAGCCUAUGAUUCCAAGAUAUUUAUUGAACACAGGUGUCUAAUAAAAAACCAUCCCAACUUGGAUGCUCAACAAAUGGAACUGGAGAAGUGUGAAAGGUUGGAGAAUUUCAGACAAGAUCUUCUACAGAAUCAAUAAGAGGGAAUAUCCAAGAGUUUUUUUCAAAAGAAGCCUUUGAAAAGUUCCUAUCUAAUCAAAUUACUAGUGGCUGCCACAUGCAGUUUUCUCCCAUGCUGGAUCUCUCGAAGAAGCAGAUGAAGAAAACUGAGAGAGAUUUUACUAAUUCAAACGCAAGGAAAGAUGUUAUUUACAAGGCUAUAUUAAGGUUCUUCAGAAGAAAUUGUCAGAUAGAAAUAAAGCGACUCAAAUGUUCGAUGUGAAGCCACCAACCAGACUGUCUUUGCUGUCAUACAGAGGAGAAAAGUACAAUGUUCUUGAGCUCUGAACUUGGCAUCCCUGUGACUGCUGAACUGUUAGAAGUCUUUGAAGUAAUCAUAUCGUUUGGCUCCACCACGCUUUCCAGAGAGUCUCCAGUCUAUGAAUUUACUCGCUUGUUUAAAACCUGAAUGGAGAAAUUUAAUCGCAAGAAAUUGCACAAAAUAUUGUCAAAUAAAUAUUUUGCAAUAAUUCUCCUCAGAUUUUGGGAAAGAUCUGAGUUAUUUGAGAAAAUGGUGAGAUGCUUGAACAUGAAGAGGGAACAAGAGAUAAAUGUCGAAGCUCAUAGAUACUAUCUGCAUAAAUUGAUGCGCAGCUGAACAGACACUCUGGAAGGGCAGAUAUCAUAACUGUUAAUUCAUAUAAUCCAUUCCAUGCUUAUAAUAGAUUCAAAAAUUUUCAUGCUUACAUUUUCCAAUUUUAUGUGAAAUAAUGCUUCCUUCAGAACUAUAAUUUCUGGAUAUUUUUAGUGAUAUUUCUAGAGCGAUAAUAGAAAAUUGUGAGUGAGAGAUAUGCCCAGCAUUGCCUCAUUCUGCACUUUAUAUGCUUUUAUUUUCAACGAAAUGACAAUAAAAUGAAUGUAAAUCUAUCUUUUCAAUUUGUUCGAAAAAUUAUAAUUUGGUGAAAUCUCACCUCUGUCAUGAUUUUUAAAAGGGUUAGGAAAGAAGAACGCAAUAUUUUGCUCCACAGUUUAGUGCCAGUUUUACGAAGGAGAUAAGGCUGUCGCUUGUGUUAUAAAUCUUUAAUAAGCGCAAAAAAAUUAUUAGCCCCCAUUUCGAAAAGCCAUUCUUAUAAAGUCUAGUCAGGAUAGGAUGGAAAUGAUUUUUACUUAUUUUUCAAAAAGGGUGAUAAUUAUAAUUUAUUUCCCUGACUUUAGACACUCAGGGAGGCUCUUUUUUCCCACUAUGAGUACUUCAAAGCCUUAGACAUUCGUCAGAUAAGGGCAGGAGUAUUAUUAACUAAGAGUUUUCUAAUCUUGUUGAAAGCUUUCAAAGAUUAUUAUUUCUAAGAGUCCUAGUCUUACAUGUUAUUGAUGGGCUCGAAAUGCAAGGCUAGAGAAGUGGCCAAGCAUGCAUCUGAUCUUUGUUUAAUAGGCCUUUGCAAUCAGAUGUAUUAGAGUGAGUAAUAGAGCUGAUAUUAUAAGUCUAAGGUGUCAUAAAAAUUUAUAGCCAUAUUUCUUCUGAAGGAUUCGUAGAUGAUUUCAAUUAAAUAUUCUUAGUUUCUUUGCAUUAAAAAUAUUAUCUAACAGCAAAUUAGAGAAUAAAGGAGUCUCUAUUUUUCAGAUUCUGGCAAUAAAAUAUAACAUAUUAUAAUUAUUCAAGAAAUCUGAUAAGAAUCGAUCCAUAAAGGGGUAGGAAAAGAAGAUAGAUUCUCUUACUAAAAUUUCAAAAACUUUUGCUGCAAAUUAUAUCUUUCAUUUAGCCAUUACUAAGAAGCUCUAUUACAACAAAAUUAGGAAGAGUGGAUGUGCUAAGUUUAUUUCUCAUAAUUUAUUGACAUACCACUAACUUGUGUUAUUUCGUCAAUUGACCCCAAAUAAACUGUUGAAAAUUUCACAGGACUCUAUGAAAAUAGUGAGAAAAGAGCUAGAGGACUUCUUCAAUAAACAAGUGGUUACUCAAAUUUUAGCAUCAAAAGAUCACCAAUUAAUUACUUUAGCUCAGAUUCUUAGUCCAAUUUUUCACAUUGGUCAGGAAUGGUAAUCCAAUUUCUACGAAAGCUAGCCUUUAUAGUCAGGAAAGGAAAACUAUAAAAUUGAUUUUUCAGCCUCUUUAGGCCCAAAGAUUUAGUGCUCUCCUAGUCAUAAGCGAUUUAUUCCAAGAUCUUUCAUGAUUUGUUUGGUAGAUAGGCAUUUUAUUUUAUUUGAAAAAUUUUAUGAGUUUUUCAUGAAAUAUUAUCGAAUAAAUUAUAACUCAAAAAAUAGAGAUUGGCAUGAAAAUUUAACACUAUCGAAGACAUAACAUUUCAGAUUCUUUGUCAAUGUUAGGAUAUCCAUUUUCAUGCAAAUUUCAAACUCUUGUGCUCAAAUUGGGAAAUUCUCGAAGAGACUAAAUUCAAAAGAUGGAUAUGAAGAAAACUCUAAUAAUAAAAUUCAGAUUAAGAAGAGUAUAAAUUUUAAGAUAGAAGAUAUCUGAACUGUAAAUAGAGAAAAUUCAGUUUUUAGAAAAUUAGUGGAAAUUUCAUAUGCAUAUUCUUGAACCUAAGUAUUUAUCAGCUAAUUCAGAAGCCCGGAGAUAAUAAAGAAGAAAGCUCUAGCAAUUAUACUUUAGAGGUAUACUAGUGGCUUAGGAAGUACUUUGUAUAAAGCUGUAAAAGCAAUAUUAGUAACAUUAUCUCUGAAGAGUGCAGUUAUUGUUAUGCAAUACUUUCACACAAACAUAAGGACUCAUUUUGCUAAGAAACUAUUCAAACGAGUGAUUUUAAACCUCGGGAGAUAUUUAAUGAUCCUGAGUCCUUACUCUAAUUCAUCAAAAUGAGAUAACUGUUAAUAAUUAUGACUUUGAGUGACAAUUUAUAAUCAUAUUAUUUCUAUAACUGUGAAUUUUUGAUGUAAUUAUUUUAUCAAAACUUUCUCUUGUAUUUCAGACUUUGCCAAUCCUCUUAUUAAAAGACAAUAGAGCAACCAGCGAAAAAAUUGCCUACCAUAUCCCCUCUAAACUCCCAAACCCAAAAAUAUCUUCCCAACUCUCUAUCACCUUCACUCCCCUUACACUCUAAACCCAUUCACCCCAAAAACACUCCACUAAGACCUCCCAGACCCCCCUUCAUCCCUACAACCACCACAUCCCUACAGCUCCAGCCCUCCAUCAACUGUCUUCCUAACCCCUUCUCCAACUCCCCAAAUUUUAUCCUGACUCACUCAGCCCUUCCUACUACUCUUGGCCGCCUUGGCCAAGACCCUCAAGGCUGUACAGGAGGGGUUGGGAAGUUUUAAUAGAUUCUUAAGGCGGCCAUAUUAUUUUUAUUU